AGUUGGUGGUCCCAAUCGCUUUCAGGGAAAAGAUCAUGUGCCUCCCCUCUAUCUGAUACAAAAGAGAAAAGAAAAUAAAUUGUCUGACCAGAGCUUGACUUAUCUACACCAUGGAGAACAACCACUUCCCUUUGACUGAGGAUCAAAUUCAAUCCUAUAAUGAGAAAGGCUACUUGGUGAUCCAGGGGUUCUUCAAUGCUCCGGAAACCAAGCUUCUCCAGCAGUGGACUCAGGAAGUCCAUGACCUGCCUCGCACUCCAGACGCAUCAUAUAUGCCAUACGAGGAAGUAAAUGCACAAGGCAAACGAGUCCUCUGUCGCACAGAGAACUACGCCAAUAGUCAUGCUGGCUUUAACAGCUUUCUGCGGGGCCAACGCAUGUUGAGUGUUCUCGAACAGCUGGCUACCGAGCCAAUGCUACUCUUCAAAGAAAAGAUCAACUACAAACUCGCAGGAAGUGGUGGCUUUUCUCCUCACAUCGAUGCCAACGCCUAUACCCAUGUCAAGAACAUCAAGCAUUUGACUGUCCUCGCUGCAGUGGACGAUAUGACCCCCGAAAAUGGUGGUUUGGAUGUUGUAGAUGGCAGUCACCGUACAGAGAUCAAACUGGGAGAAGAUCGCUGUAUUGAUCCUGCUUGGGUCGAAAGCCAAAAGUGGGCUUCUUGCACCCUUCAGCCAGGUGACAUUAUGGUGUUCGGAUCCUAUCUUGCCCACCGCAGUGGUGCUAACACGAGCUCCAAAGACCGUCGGGCGAUCUAUGCCACUUACAACUGCAAGGCUGAGGGCGAUCUCCACGAUUCGUACUAUGAAGACCGGAGGAAGCUCUGGCCCGCUACCCACAUGCGGAAGGAAGGAGAAAACUACGAAGAGGGACGACUUCGAUAUGGAUAUGGCUCUCCAAUGCUGACUAUUGAAGGCCAACCACAACCGGUAGCGUAGAGAAUGAAUAAACCUCGUACUUGUGCAAUUUAGCUGAGGUGAUAUUAGUGUAAAUAAUCAUGAAAUGAUGAAUAAGGC